AAGAAAUCAGUUCAGAACACACACUCGUCGUCCUCAUUCCUCUCCCUCGUCUCUUCCCCAAAUCCGCUGCCGCCGCCGCUCCUCCGCCCUGAAUCGUCCCAAUCCAAAUCAUCCCCCAAAUCGUCUUCUCUGGUUCAAGUAGCUGCGUGCGUGGUGCCUCUGCGACUCGCCGGUCUCCAGUUCCAAGCUGACCGGAAUCUGAAGAACGGAUGUUACACUCGGUGUGUGGGAGCCGGGUCGCCAGAGUACCUUGCGGAUAAGGUUGAAGAGUUGGCUUCCAUGAAACUGAAACAAAGAAAACCGGGUUUUGCAAUCACUGAGGAGCUUAUCAUAUGUUUUAUUGGGUUGUUUUCUUUGUUAUCCGCUAUAACAGUCCAUGUUCCUCUUGCAUUUGCCGCUUCUUCAGUAAAGUAUCACAAUGUGAAAAGUAGUAGUGGCUUCACUAGCAUCUACCCAAGUAACAAAGCUGCAAUCCUGGAGUUUAAGUCUCAUUUGCAAGACCCUUUUCACCAUCUGUCCAGCUGGACUAACGAGAAUGGCUCCGCCAGCUGGAUCGGCGUCACCAUCUCCAACCAAACCGGCCGGCUCACGUCCCUUAACCUCACCGGACUCAGCCUUUCCGGUCAGCUCCAUUCCUCUCUCUGCAACCUCACUUCUCUCGAAACUCUCGUUUUGUCAAACAAUGCAUUCUUUGGCUCGGUUCCCACUUGCUUGCCAAACCUCAAAAUCUUGGAUCUUAGUCACAAUGCCUUCAAUGGCUCCAUCCCGCAAGCGCUAGCAAUACUCAGCCAGGUGGCAGUGCUCGACCUUAGCCACAACGCGUUCGGCGGUGAAAUCCCGGCUUGGGUUGGUAAUUUCUCUUCGAGACUCGAAAAACUUAAUCUCGAGUCCAAUAAUUUACAUGGCGAGAUUCCCGAUAGCUUGUAUGACUCAAUGUCUUUGCAAUACUUAGAUUUGUCGCACAAUUACUUAACAGGAAAUCUCGGUGAAUUUCAUGGGGCAUUAGUUUAUCUUGAUUUGGAGUUCAACUUGCUAUCUGGUACUUUACCCUGUUUUUUAACCUCGUCUCAAUCUCUCUCGGUGCUUAACUUGGCCUGCAACUCGAUCGAGGGCGGUGUACCAGCCUGCAUUGCCAGCUGUCACGGCCUCAGGCAACUCAACUUGUCAUUCAAUGACUUGCAAUACGGGAUUUCUCCAAGAUUAGUUUUUUCAGACAAAUUAAUUGUCCUGGACUUGAGUUUCAAUAGUCUGUCGGGCAAUCUUCCCCAGAAUAUUAUCGGGACCCCUGAAAAAUCGAGCCUUUUAAUCUUCGAUUUGUCCAACAAUCAGUUCACUGGCGGAAUCCCGCCAGCCAUUACCGAGUUGAAAAACUUGCAGGCUUUGUUUCUUUCCCAUAAUCGCCUAAUGGGCGAGAUUCCUGAUAGAAUUGGAAACUUAACAUAUCUUCAAGUCAUAGAUUUGUCUCACAAUUUGUUAUCGGGCUCGAUUCCUUUGAAUAUCGUGGGUUGUUUUCAGUUACUGGCGUUGAAGUUGAAUCACAACAAUCUUUCGGGCGAAAUUCCACCAGAACUCGACGCGUUAGAUAGUUUGAAGAUAUUGUCUCUAAGCAACAAUCACAUUUUCGGGGAGAUUCCUGUAACAUUGGCAGGGUGCAAGUCGUUAGAGGUCGUGGAUUUGAGCUUUAACUAUCUGUCGGGUGCUUUGAAUGAUGCCGUGACCAAAUGGUCGAAGCUCAGAUUCCUCUCUCUAUCACACAACAUGUUCAAUGGAUCCCUUCCUAGUUGGUUGUUUGCUUUCCAGGAUAUCCAAAUAAUGGACCUAUCUGGAAACGGGUUUUCUGGAUAUUUACCGAACGGUACUAAUUUCAACACUAGCUCGAGUUUCAACCUCGUCGAUUUCAAACAACGGGAAUCAUCGGUUUCGUUCACUAAUCUUGACGUUCGGAUUUCAGUCACAGUAGGUGAUAAGAACGUGUUGAAUUUGAUCUUCACGUACGACUUUCCACCUGUAGUAGGAAUCGACAUUUCGGAUAACUCGCUGCAUGGAGAAAUUCCUGGCGGGAUUUUCGGGUUGCAGGGUCUCGACUACUUAAACCUCUCGUAUAAUUUUCUCGACGGGCAAAUUCCGGUAGGUUUGGGGAAGAUGUUGAGCUUGAAAGUCUUGGACCUUUCGCACAAUUCGUUUGCAGGUCCCGUUAGAGAAAACAUAUCGAGUCUUGCAAAUUUAUCAGUCUUGAAUAUGUCGUAUAAUUGUUUAUCUGGGGUUGUGAUGGCUCGGCAGGGCUACUCGAGAUUCCCAGGAGCAUUUGCGGGUAAUCACGGUUUGUGUGUGGAGACGAAAGAUGGAUGCGAAGAACAAGGGGUUUUUUCGGCUGUGAUUGGGAAGACGAAUGCUCGUAAAAAUGAGGGUGGGCUGAUUUUGAACUGGGUGUUUUGUGUAAGUACAUUGGUCAGCUUCUAUGCAGGUAUGUUUGCUCUUUGCUGUUCAGAUCAGACCAGAAACUACAUUUUGAAGGCACAUAGCUAAUGUGGCUUUUAUGGUUAGCAUUUGCAGUUUUCAUCUUGUAAGUUGUAAUUCACUCAAACUCAUAAGAGAAUUCCACUAUUUUAUAUCACUCAAACUCUUAAGUUGGUAAACUCUUGAUGAAUGUACUGUACUGAGAAUAUCCACUUCUCUAACUACAUGGCUUUAAUCGUGUACAGUAACGUUAUACACUACAUGGC